GUAUACAGAUACAUUCCAGGCAUACCCAUCUGCGCUUUUCAUCAAGUUUCUUCUGUAUAAAUCUUUGUGUGUGUUUUUCAAUCUUCAUUGAGCACUCGGUAAAACUUUUCUUCGAUCCAUGUGGCCCCCCACCACUCGAACUCCCCCAAUCAAGAGGCAAGAAAGAUCCAAAAAUCACCCUUUUACACCUUGACACGUACUCAAAUUUUGUUCUGGUGGGGGGGUGGUUGAAUUAGUAUAUAUCACAAAGAAUAAGAUGGCCAAGAAAAUAGGCAAGAUAUAUCAGAAACUGAGCAAUGCAAAUCAAACCACGAUUUGCUUACAAUAAAUAAUAGUUUUUUUUUCCCCAAGAAAGGAGAAGAGAGCUUUAGCCACAUUUAUUGUCAUCACCACUCACCAAAGGUGGGCUAAAUCCGAAGCGUCUUCUUUAAUGCCCCCCCCCAUUAUCAUCAUUCGUGAAACCAGCCUCCCACAGUCACUGUAGCUUGUGUCUGGUGGGGGUAGAUAUUGGAGCUUUUCUGGUUGAAGUGGAACGGCCAGUGGAUGGCAUCAACUUCUGGUGGGAACCAAAGUCCAAUGUCUCCAUUGAAGGAGCAAAUGCAGACCUCUGGGUAUCAUCCAUACCCUCCACCUCUUGCAGAGUAUGAUGAGGUUGUGGCAAGUCCUAGCCUCUUUAUGACUACUUUGGAGAAGCUCCAUUCAACUAUGGGGACCAAAUUCAUGAUUCCUAUCAUUGGUGGCAAAGAGCUUGACUUGCAUCGGUUAUUUAUAGAAGUAACUUCUCGCGGGGGCAUUGAGAAGGGAAGAAACUUUGAGGACAACAAGAUCAUUAGGGAAAGACGAUGGAAAGAUGUGACUGCAAUCUUCAAUUUCCCCUCCACUGCGACAAAUGCCUCGUUCGUGCUGCGCAAAUAUUAUGUUUCACUGCUUCAUCAUUAUGAACAAAUUUACUUUUUCAAGGCUCGCGUUUGGACUCCUCUUUCUGCUGGAACUCUGCAGAGCCCUCCCGUGCCAACAUUUUUGGCACAGCAGAUGGAAGCUAUGCGUCCUGCACAAGAAAGCAAAGUGCCCAUGACUGCGCAACCAAGGACAACUGCUUCGGACUUGCGUCGAGCAAGCACUGCCUGGCCAGCGAAUUCUCCUGUGGUGGGGGUAAUCGACGGGAAAUUUGAAAGUGGGUACCUUGUAACUGUUUCAAUAGGCUCGGAGAAGUUAAAGGGUGUGCUUUACCAAACACCUCAGAGUGCUGCCGGAAAAAUGCCUCAGCAAUUCAAUAUCUCCAUCAAUAACAACAAUGUAGCUGGAAGUUCUGGCAUUCAACGUCGGCGCAGAAGGAAAAAAUCCGAGAUCAAGAGGAGGGAUCCCGCACAUCCGAAACCUAACAGAAGCGGUUAUAAUUUCUUUUUUGCUGAACAGCACGCAAGAUUGAAACCUCUCCACCCUGGGAAGGACAGAGAGAUAAGUAGGAUGAUUGGCGAACUUUGGAACAAGCUAAAUGAAUCUGAGAGAGCUGUUUAUCAAGACAAAGCGCUCAAAGAUAAAGAAAGGUACAAGAUGGAGAUGGAGAGCUACAGGGAGAGAUUGAGGAUGGGACAGGUCGUCAGCGAUGCUGUGCCCCUGCAACAGCGACUUCCUGAACUGGACGUGGACAUGGUGGAUGCAGAUGCGGAUGCAAAUCCUGAAGAGACUGAAGAGGGGAAUUCUCCCCAGACGCAAGAUAACGAGAGUAGCUCUGAUAAAAGCUUUUCUGAGGAAGACGACAAAGACACCGAGAAGGAAUUGGAUGCGGAGCCCUCACCUGUAUCCGCUGUGGUCCUUGAGAGUAGCAAUUUGGAUGUCAAUGAUGCACAUCCUGAGAUGGAUGAUACAAAUGCAGAGGAGGGUCAUGAGAAGCAGGACAUAGCGGUUGAGAAUGUUGUAGUGGCAGAAAGCAUCAGAGAUGGGACUGAAAAUGUCGAAGAUGGGAACAAAGAAAAAUUGGGCCAAUCUUCGAGCUGAAGGAGGAAUUUUUUUGCUUCGAAAUAUUUCAGGGAAGAUCAUUGGCAGAGAUAUUUCAGUUCUUUUUUUACUUAGUGGUUCUAAUGUUGUUUAGUGAGAGCUACAUGUUCUUUUGCAGAAUUAGUAGUUUUAAGUUUGGCCAACCCUGGACAGUUUGGUCUUUAUUGUGAAGAAACUUCUCUUCACGGGUUGAAAUUUGAAUCAAGUAGGAAUGUCAGUGUCUAUUUU